CUAAACCGAGAGGGAUGGCGGCGCGAACCUUCUCCUCUAAUCCUCCCCAAAUUCUCCCCUUCUCAUUGCUUCUGGAUACGAAAAGGGAAGACGAGGAAGGGUGUUGCCAACGGCGAUCUGGAGGCAUGCACCGCCAGCAACGGUGACGAGGCUAAAAUCGAAGCCCAAAAUCUAGGAGGAAUACUAGAUCUGUUUAGCCCCGACCUCGAUCUCUUCCUUCUAUUUGGAAUAGAGGCG